AUGGCUCCCAAAGUUUUUCUCACAGGAUCGACAGGAUACAUCGGUGGAGAUUCUCUCUACGCGAUUUCCGCCGCGUAUCCCGACUGGCAGCUGUCUGCCCUCGUUCGAAACGAAGCCAAGGCAGCUCAACUCACCAGUCAAUAUCCCAAUGUGAGGGCUGUCAUUGGGGAUUUAGACUCUGCCGAUAUCAUCGAAGAAGAAGUAAAGAAUGCAAACAUUGUGGGCCAUUUCGCCGACUGCGAUCACGUCGCUGCGGCCAAAGCCAUCGCCAAAGGUGUCAGUCACCACACUCCAGAAAACCCUGUGUGGUUGAUUCACACUUCCGGCACUGGCAUCCUGACCGUCGAGGACUUCCGGAACAACACCUACGGUAUUGAACGGCAAAAGGAGCACAACGACUGGGAUGGAAUCGAUGAACUCCUCAACCUCCCAGAUGACGCCCUGCACCGAGAUGUGGACAAGAUCAUCAUCGAAGCCUGGCAGCGCAACCCAGACAGCGUCAAGGUAGCGAUUGUCUGUCCUCCCACUAUCUACGGUCCUGGUCGUGGCCCCGGAAACCAGAAGAGCGUCCAGGCGUACUGGCUGAGCGCUGCUGCUCUCAAGAGGAAGCAGGGAUUCCUGGUUGGACAAGGCAAGAACAUCUGGCACCAGGUUCACAUCCAGGACUUAACCAAUGUCUAUCUCGCGCUGGCAGAUGCCGCUGCCGCAGGAGGUGGACAGGCCACUUGGAACGACAAGGGAUACUACUUUGCGGAGAACGGAUCGUUCGUCUGGGGUGAUAUUCAGCGGGCAGUGGCUAAGGCGGCUUAUGAGAAGAAGCUGAUCCCAUCCCCGGAUGUUGAAACUUUGCCAGAUGCCCAGGUGGCCGAGUUGCACCCCUUUGGGCUUUACGCUUGGGGAACAAACUCGAGAGGUCAUGCCAUCAGAGCCAGGAAGUUGUUUGGAUGGACACCGCAGAAGCCUACUUUGUUGGAGCUCAUUCCGGAUAUUGUCGAUAUUGAAGCCAAGGGUCUGGGCUUGGUGUAA